AUGCCUCCUAAAGGGAAAAAGGGCAAGGAAGCGAAAGCUCCUCCACCCGUGAAAGGGGGAGCAAUGGGACCUCCACCGAAGCCCAAGAAGAUCCCUCCCCCACCCGCCUGCUUCUCCCCCGAAGACCUUGCCAAGUUCAAGGAGCUGUUCAAGGCUCAUGACGAAGAAAAUAUUGACAAGGUGCCCAUAGAAGCUAUCCCUCUAAUGCUAAGAAAACUUGGUUUCAAUCCAAAGACGGCAGAGAUAAAACAGCUUUACGUUCAAUUUCUAGAAGACGAUCUAGUUGAUACUGUUGAAUACCACGAAUGGCUGUUCAUGAUCGAAGCUAAGAUGGGUUGGGGAGACGAUUUCGAGUUGGCAGUAACAAAAGCAUUCGCUGCAUUGGCUCACGACGAUGAAGAAGUUGGUUUAGCAGAUUUUGAACUACUUAGAACUGAACUGGAAAAUUGGGGUGAACCUCUGCAAGAAAUCGAAUUUGUAGAUUGGAUCCGAUUGGCUAUUAAAGAUAAAACCUUCAAUGUUGAAGAUGGAACUUUUAAUUAUGUCAAGUUUAUAGAGAAUAUGAACAAUAAGGAUCAUAGGUAUAUCAAGGAGCCAAUAAACUUCUUCAAGUUGGAUCAAAAGACGUUGGCUGAGAUGGCUAUGAAGAAGGCGGCGGAAGAGAAGGCGGAGGAAGAACGGAAGGAGGCUGAGAAGAAGGCUAGAGAAGAAGCUAGAAGGCAGAAGAUGAUUGCUGACGGCUUGUUACCCCCUGAUUGA